AUGGCGUCGAGUUACUGUUCGCAGGAAUAUUGGUCAUGGGUUACUGUUUAUUGGUUAGCGUUAAAACUGUUCGUUGCUACAGUACGGAGCAAAGUUACGCUCCCUGACUUCCUCUGCGUCAGAGAGCCGGUUCCGGCUCUGGUUGGCCUAGCUGAAGAGAUUGCUAAUUCUGAUGUUCGGUCAGGGUCUAGGAAGAUAAAUGGAAAAUAUAUUCAAUCUUAUCUUCUCUCCAGGUUAGAAGCUGUUCACGAUAAGGUUAUGGAACAGAUAAAGGAUGUUGACUCUUUAAAACCCCAAGAAAUUUCUGUCUACUGGGUCGGCAUGGCUGAGAAUGUGCAAAUUAUGGGCUCUUUCGACGGCUGGUCCCAGGGUGAGGCAUUGUCCAUGGAGUAUUCAGGUGACUAUGCAAGAUUCUCUGCGACUCUGAAUCUAAGACCUGGGAGGUAUGAGAUCAAAUUCUUGGUUGAUGGGGAGUGGAGAUUGUCACCGGAGUACCCCAAUUCUGGCAAGGGAUUGACGCAGAACAAUAUUCUUGUCAUCAAGUAA